UGUUUAAACAGUUACACAACUUGUGCUCUUUAAGACAGAGAGUGUUAUUCAGUUGAUACAACAUUAGUAACGGACAGUACAGUAGAAAAUGUUAAUUCUUAUAACAGUUUUAAUGCUCAGUGUGUGGGCUAUACCAGCAGAUGAUUCAUUUUUACCAAACAUAAACAUUCUUGAAGAGCUAGGGAAAAUAAAGAUCAUGAAAACAAGGAUGGAAUCUAUGGAGAAUGAAAUGGAGCGACUAAAAACAGAAAAUGCGGCGCAAACAAAGAAGCUGGAGGACACAAAGAACAAAAUGGAUGAACUAUUAAAAGAAAAUGAAGCACAAGCAAAGGAACUGGAGACCAUGCGUGGUACAACAAAUGAUGUAAAGAACAAAGUGGAUGACCUAAUUAAACAAAAUGAAGUUUCAAAAGUGGCUUUCUCAGUUUCGCUGUCAUCCUCUAAUGGACCACACAGUAGUUUACACACCCUGAUUUACAAACACAUCUUCCUCAAUACUGGAGAUGCCUAUGAUACAAACACAGGUAUUUUUACAGCACCCAUGAAGGGAGUGUAUGCAUUCAGGGUUUUCUCUAAGGCCUACGGAAGUCCAGAUAAAGCAGUUGUCGCAGGCCUAUUUAGAAAUGGCCAGCAUGAAAUUUCAACAUAUGCACGGCAAGACGGUGGUUUUAUCGGCUCUUCAAAUGGAGUUUCACUGUUCCUGGAAAAGGGAGAUAAAGUAUGUGUAAAUCUCUAUCCUGGAUAUUGGAUUUUUGACAAUGAACACCAUCACAGCACCUUUAGUGGACAUUUGCUUUUCCCCAUGUGAACAGAAAAUACACAAGGUCUACUCAUUAGCAUCUUUCUAUAUCAAGAGUUAUAGUAAGACUAUGUGUAAAUGAAUUUGGUAAGUAAUGAAUUUCUACGUGAAUUUGAUAUAUAACAUACUAACUAACUUCAUUUAAAUUUACAACACGUACAGUAUAAGGCAAGUUAUACAAGGUCUUUCUCUUAAACCUUUUGAAAUCAAAAUAGGCCUAUGUGUUAUUGGUGUAUGAUUUUAUUUUUCACAUUAAAAACCUUAUAGUGUACACUAAAAA